AUGAUCGCCUCUAAACUCUUUGUUACUCUGGGCAUGUCUUUGUCCGUCAAUGCUUUCAGUCUCUAUGAGCCUGGAACUGACAAGGAUGUGACAAAAGCCUGCGAUAAGGCCAUGUCAGCGGACAUCGAUUGCGACAGAGAGGUCAUCAGCUUUCUCAACGGAGGCUGGUACGGCUCCCUUGAAAGUGAAGAGUUGACUGAUGCGGUUUGCACCAAAGCUUGCUCUCAGUCACUCCAAGACUGGAUCGCCAGUGUCUCGAAGGAUUGUGAGGAUGAAGCCAAAGCCAAAGCUGUUGGUCGUAUCUUAACAGGCUGGAAUGCGACUUGUCUGAAAGACACCAAGACAGGAGGACACUGCAAUGACAUUAUUGCAGAUUUCACUGAUGUCGGGGAUGACGAAGAACUCCCUCACGAUGAGCUUUGCCACCCUUGUUAUGUGAAGCGGCUCGAGAUGUACAAAUCUACCCCGUACGCCCUCAACAUCAAAUGGCACGAAGAGCAACUUGAGCUCGUACACAAGAAGUGCGGUGAUUCAACCACCACCGAGACUGCCGUGCCCACUUCAAGCAAGAGUGAAACAUCCGAGGCGGUGACUACAGCAGGGGCCUCGAAGGCUUCUCAAACGGCCAACGGCGAGGAAGAGUCUGUAUCGUCUACUGGGACCCCAGUACAGACCAUGUCAUCUGAACCUACAGUGUCAUCUACGCCUAAUGCAGCUGCCAAGUCUGUACAGGGAGAGCUGUUCACAUCUCGGGCUCUAAUGCUUCUUUUGUCGAUGAACCUCUUCUUUAUGUAG